AUGUUGUCUAGGGAAAUAGUUCGAUCGACUAGGAACCUGAUCAUUCAACAUUUGGUGUUUGCUUCAUCAAGUGUAACUACGACGACAAAGUCAACGACAAAGAGUUUGGGUCGUCGUCACAAGUCCACAAGUGUAGCAUCUGGAAGUGUGACUGCUCCAACAACUCCGCCAGCAUCAUCACAAGAUAACACAGACAGCCUAAACAGCCACAAACGUGCAAUUCAAAGUCUGUUUGCAAACAAUGAACCAAGCGUCAUCAAGGGCAAGUCAACUUCAUUUGAGUGGGAGAUUAUGGGACAUGAGUCACAGGUCAUCCAACUACAACUGGAUCCAGAUUCUUCUAUAACUGCAGAGACUGGUGCAUUACUAGAGAUGAGUUCAACGAUGGAGAUGGAGACCUCUGCAAGAGGAGGAUUCAUGUCCAGUAUCAAGAGAAUGUUCACAGGACAGGGUAUAUUCCUAACAAAGUUCAAGAACUCAUCGCUCACUGAGACUGGUAGGAUAACAUUCAGUUCACCUUAUAUCUCCAAGAUAUUGGCCAUUAAGAUGGCGGAUAUAGGAGGAGAGUUGAUAUGCAAGAAGAAUGCCUUCCUCUGUGGCGAGAACGACAUUGAGAUAGGUCCACGUAUAACCAAUCGAUUCUCUAUUGGAUUCUUUGGAGGGCAAGGUUUCAUACUUCAAAAGCUUACUGGUAAUGGCAUGGUCUUCAUCCAUGGAAGUGGAUCAAUCAUUUAUAGGAUGCUCAAGCCUCAAGAGACUAUCAAGGUGAGCACUGGCUGCAUCGUGGCAUUUGAAUCCAGCAUCACGUAUGAUAUUGCUUGGGUCAGUGGCGCCACCAACAUAUUGUUUAGCGGUGAAGGCUUGUUCCUGGCGACUCUGUCCGGUCCAGGUCUUGUAAUACUACAGAGUCUACCAUUCGAGAAACUUGUAUCGGCCAUUGCAAGCCAAAUGCCAAUCUCUGGUUCAUCAUCAUCCAUGUCAUCAUCAUCUCCAUCGUCAUCUGAUCAGUCAUCUUCAUCGUCAUCAUCAUCAUCUCGCUGA